CUCAUAAUCACCACUAAACUAAGAAAGAGUGAAAACCUUAGUUGCAGAAUUAUGAGCACCAAAUCCUCUAUUCUUGCCAUUCCUACUACCCAUUUCAUACAAAUUAUCUUAAUAUUUGUGUCACUAUGUUCUACGUAUCAUGUUGUAAUUGUAGUAGCCACCCAUAACAUUCAAGCCACUCUUAGACCAAAUAGAGAAGCCUUAGGCAUUGUCAUAGGCGGCGAGCCUAUUUCCAUUGGUGGCUCGCCUGCCCCUGAAAUGCCUAAGAAUUGUCCUCCACCACAACCACCACCAACACCAUGCCCCCCUCCUCCAUCGUCACCACCACCAUCCCUAGGAGAAUCUCGUGUCCAAAUAGCCACAAAUGUCAUACAACAAUUCAUUAAAGGGAUUGAUACUGACAAUUGUAGCUUAUCCACCAAGGUUAAAUACAUGAAGAAUCCUAACUUAUGUGCCAACCCCAAGUUUGGGUGUGCACCUCUUCCCAACAAAAAGGAAAAUGGCCUCUACUCGAUUCAAUUUAACGGGUGUUACAUCAAGGGCAAAAAUAUUACCCUAGAUAACUUCAUCAACAAUGUUCCCGACGUGUCGAUUUUCCAUGCUAAUUCCAAUUAUUUCGGAGGAAAAAUCCCGGUGUUAAGCGGUCUUCCUUACCUAUUUGAGUUAGAUCUUAGUAACAACAAGUACACAGGGAAGUUUCCUAUUAAUGUACUUAGUGCUACUAAAUUAACCUUCUUGGACCUUAGAUUUAACCAAUUUGUGGGCCCGGUUCCGCCCGAACUAUUUAAUUUGCAAGUGUUGGCCCUUUUUAUUAACAAUAAUUAUUUUGAGCAGGACCUUCCACUUAAUUUGGGCUCAACCCCGGCCGCUUUCCUAACCUUUGCCCACAACAGAUUCACAGGCCCAAUACCAAGAUCCAUUGGGCAGGCCUCGAAUACCCUCCUCGAGGUCCUCUUCUUAGAUAACAGUUUCUCGGGCUGCCUUCCUUAUGAGAUUGGGCUUCUAAAAAAGGCCCGUGUUUUCGACGUCUCAAAGAAUGUCCUAACCGGCCCAAUACCGCGAUCGUUCGCUUGUUUAGGUAAAAUGGAGUAUCUAGUCUUGGAAAAGAAUGAGUUCUAUGGUCCUGUGCCUGAGGAAGUGUGUAUGUUGCCUCACUUAAGGAAAUUGAGCUUGUGUGAUAACUAUUUCACCCAAGUUGGGCCGGAAUGUAUGAAGCUGAUCCAAAAAGGGGUGUUGGAUGUGAGGCACAAUUGUAUAUUGGGCCUUCCGGAUCAAAGAAGCCCAGAUAAUUGCGCAUUCUUUUUCAAAAGGCCCAAAACUUGUGGUGACUUUGAAAAUAAAAUGCACAAAUAUUUGCCUUGCAAGAAAACUGCUCCAUAUUUGAAUGCUGAAAUGUUAAUAGAGGGAGUCCCACAACCUCAGCCAUCAGUAACUUAUGCAGCUCUUAGUCCUUGAUUUUGAUUAAUUAGUUGAUUAGCUAUUGUAGUAGAGUUUGAGUUUGAUGUAUUGGGUGUAAUUGUUUUCUUGUAAGUUGUAACUACGACAUUUUUGUUUCUAUCUAUUUGAACAUAUAAUAUUGCAAUUAAAAAAUA